AAUGUAUGUGGGAGUCAAAAACUGGUUCUGUUGUCAAGAUGGAUCACGCUAAUUGAUAUUUUCGAAAGCGAGGAAACGCGGAGGCUUAGACUAUUAAAAUCCACUUUUAGAUUUUAUAAAACUGCAAUUAGUAUACUUUAAACAUAAUCAAUAUCUUUUCAACAAUUUUCUACAAAUGGUAUUUUCCUAUAUUUAAAAUAUACAGUGUAUAUCUAUUACUUAUGGUGUUUCUCCCACGGUGAGGUUAUAAAUAUUAUGAUCAUCCAUGAAUAGUUAUUUGAAUGAUAAUAGAGACGAAAGACCAUGAAAACGAUAAAUUCUUUCACGGUAAUUCUUACCAACCGUGAAUCAACAAAAAUUUGGCGGACUACGUGAAAUUUUGGAAAAUACAACGAUGAAAUCUGUGUACAAAUUAUUUUUCCUGUGUCUUAUCUUCAUUGCAUUGAUCAUAUUGCUUAAUUUAACAAAUUUCUCUAACAAAAUAUAUGAUGCACCCAUCAAAGAUGCGGUUGUUCUUUCUACAACUGUUAAAAAGCUUCAACCACUUUCUGUAACAGGAGAAGUAACAAUCUGUGUGGUAGUUUGUGGGGAUAGAGUAGAUGAAGCACUAACUAUGCUCAAGUCUGCCUUAGUUUUUACAUGCAGACCUUUACAAUUUAUUAUUCUGGCAGAAACCGAUUUAAUUCCUGCUUUUAAUGAGAAGUUGGCAGAAUGGAAGAUUCUAUCAAACAAGACUUUUGAUUUUGUUGUUAAGCCUAUUACAUUCCCUGAGGGCAGUGAUGCAGUUAUGUGGAAGAAGUUGUUUAAACCCUGUGCAGCUCAACGAUUAUUUCUUCCAUCAGUAUUGAAUGAUACAGAUGCUGUUCUUUAUGUGGACACAGACACAUUAUUCUUAGCUCCACCAGAGAAAAUUUGGGACGAAUUCAAAAAGAUGAAUUCCAGUCAGCUAGCAGCUCUAAGUCCAGAACAUGAAGAUCCUAACACAGGAUGGUAUAAUAGAUUUGCCAAACACCCUUAUUAUGGGAAGUUAGGUGUAAAUUCUGGAGUGAUGUUAAUGAAUUUGACAAGGAUGAGAGAAUUUAGGUGGAUAGAGUACGUGAUACCUAUUCACAAGGAAUAUAAAUUGAAGAUAACAUGGGGAGAUCAAGAUAUAAUAAAUAUUAUAUUCCAUUAUCAUCCUGAGAAACUGUACGUCUAUUCCUGCAGAUAUAAUUAUAGACCUGAUCAUUGCAUGUACAUGCCUGUGUGUUCAAAAGCAGAGAAAGAAGGUGCUUUGGUCUUACAUGGUUCUAGAGGCACUUUUCAUUCUCAGAAACAACCUCCUUUUAAAGCAAUUUACAGAGCUAUGCAAGAGUAUCAACUGAACACAGACCCCUAUGAUUAUUUAUUGGUGCCAAUGAGAAACUACCUAGCCUUGGAACAUAAGUCAAACUGUGGCAAAGUAUGGAAAGUAUUUAUUAUUCAACCGGAGUUACAUGUAGGACAGCAAUAAUGUUUCAAUGUUUCUUUUAACAUACAAAGAAUAAUUAAUAUAGUAUACAAUAUUGUAUGAACAGUUCUAUCAAUAUACACAGACUGACUAUGUUCCAUAGUGCAAUCCUGAUUAUAUUCAUUAACA